AUGAAAAGAUUCUUCACCAGAGCCAAGAAUACGGGCAACCCCACCGACUCCGUCGUAGACGAGUCCGCCGGACGCCCCUCCAACCUGAAGGUGAUUCCGGCCUCGACAUCGGACAUUCCCGACAUGAUCUCCGUCUGGUACGCUGCGUUCACCUCGCCAAGCCUGCGCAGGAUGUUCCCGGAUACGCCCAGCGUGAGGAAGUGGUGGGAAGAUGGCAUCCGGGAAGAUCUCCUCCGUAAACCACAGCAGACGUACCUGAAGGUGAUCGACACUAACGCCCACGGUAGAAUGGUGGCGUACGCCAAGUGGGAUCUAGGAUCGAUGGAAGCACGGGGACCUCGGGCUCUACCAUUUGAUAGGGAGGAGAUGGACCGGGAAGCCUGUGGGGAGUUUUAUGCACGGAUGGAUCGCGAGAGGAAGCGGCUGAUGGGGGACCGGAAGCAUUACUUCCUGGACAUGCUGGCGACUCAUCCGGACUACCAGGGCCAGGGCGCCGGCUCUAUGCUGGUCCGGUGGGGAUGCGCCCUGGCUGACAAGGAUGGCGUGCCGGCAUAUGUCGAUGCAAGCGGAGCAGGGAAGCCUCUAUACGAGAAGUUUGGCUUUGUGGACCGCAGCGAGAGGCAGCACCGGGGCGAGGGCAUCGAGGUCGCGAUGGUGAGAGAAACAGGCCACAACCACAGUGGGUAA